GCGCGGCGGGGAGGCCGCGGCGGAGCCGAGCGGGACCGGGAGCGGCCGGAGCGGGGCCGGGGCCGAGCGGGGCCGGGGCCGAGCGGGGCCGGGCGGGACCCUCCGGGAUCCCCCGGGCUCCCCCGGGGCCAGCGAGGCGGCCAUGCCGAGCAAGAAGAAGAAAUACAACGCGCGCUUCCCGCCGGCACGGAUCAAGAAGAUCAUGCAGACGGACGAGGAGAUCGGGAAGGUGGCGGCUGCUGUGCCCGUCAUCAUCUCUCGGGCCCUGGAGCUGUUCCUGGAGUCGCUGCUGCGCAAGGCCUGUCACGUGACCCAGUCCCGCAACGCCAAGACCAUGACGACGUCUCACCUGAAGCAGUGCAUCGAGCUGGAGCAGCAGUUCGAUUUCCUCAAGGACCUGGUGGCCGCCGUGCCCGACAUGCAGGGGGACGGGGACGACGCCCACGGCGACGGGGACAGGGGGCCCCGCAGGGGGCGCCGCCCGGGCAGUGGCCGCAAGAACGGGGGUCCCGGGGCCAAGGGGACCCCGAAACAGUCGGGGACAGACUCAGAGCAGGAGGAGGACUCUGAGGACAGCGACAGCGACGGGGACGAGGAGACGCCGCAGCCGCCGCCGGCCCCGCCCCCACUCGGCUUCGGCAGCCCCGGGGUUCCCUUCGCCCCCCUGGGCCCCCCCUCCCUGCCGGGGGGGCUCCCCCCCGCCCCCGCCCCCCCCCGCGAGGAGGAGGAGGAGGAUGAAGAUUACGACUCCUAGCGACCCCUCCCCCACUGCCCCAGUCCCAGUUUGGGGGGGGCUGGGGGUUACUGGGAGCACUGGGACCGCCCCUCCCCCCCCCGCGGAAUGAAUUGUGUCGGUUUUGGGGGGGAUGGGGCUCCCGGGACCCCUCCCCGGACACACCCGGGACCCCUUUUUGGGGGUGGGGGAGGGGUCGGGGGGGGGGUUGGGCUCUUGGGGGGCGUUUCCUGAGUCGGGGGUUUUGUAUCGGCUCAAUAAAGUUCCUGUUUCCA